AUGGCUCGCGUUGUAGCAAAUCGGACGGCUAGCACAGGGCCGCCUCUGACUCUUACGACCUUCCUGACAUCUUUCGGGGCCACUUGGGAAAAGCAAGGGCUGGAAUGCGAUCGGAGGAGACCGGUGCCAAUAGGGGUAUGUGUCAGUGGAGGCCCUGAUUCUAUGGCAUUGGCAUAUCUGCUCAACCAAAUUUCUGCAGUGCCUGGGAAGCACAAGAUCUUGGUCCAACCAUUCGCCUUCAUCGUCAACCACAAUGCUCGCAGAGAGAGCACUGAGGAAGCCAACUACGUUCAAUCCCAGUUACGCCGGUUUGGCGUCGAAAGCAAGGUCCUUGAGAUCCAAUGGCCUAAUACGGCUGACCCAGCGAGCGCCGCCGAUUUCGAGUUGAAGGCUCGCCGAGCUCGGUAUCGGUUGAUUGCAGAUGCAGCUAUUGAAAACAAGAUCAAUCAUCUCUUUCUGGGCCAUCAUCAAGACGACCAGGUUGAAACCAUCCUAAUGCGUCUAGUGAGGAAUACCGGUACCUCCUUUCUUGGGUUCCAAGGCAUGUUAGAGCAUAGCGCAAUACCGUGUUGUGAAGAUAUCAGGGGUGCAAACGAAAAAGAAAGCUACGAGAAAUUUGGUCAGUGGCUGCAUCCUGUCGAAUCCAGGAUGAAUAGAGAGACACUGAGCUCGAAAGCCCUCAACCAAGGGAAAAAUGUGACGCCUUCGGCGCCAGGCGGGUUGCGAAUCCACCGCCCACUUCUACCAUUUACAAAAUCUGGAAUUAUCGACUUUUGCAACACGAAUCAAGUUCCCCACGUCCAGGAUAAGACGAAUUAUGAUCCCACACUGACACUACGGAAUGCUGUGCGAUAUAUGCGAAGCCAUUAUGUCUUACCAAAGGCUUUGCAGGGACCCUCCAUCCUCGCACUCCAACAGUCGUCCUCUCGUUCAGUUACUUCCCUUGCGGCGCGAGGAGAGCAGGCUCUUCAAGGACUCAGGGUGCUUACCUUCGAUCUACGGUCCGGGCGCAUGACUGUAGGGGUGUCGUCUACCUUCGCCUCGUUAUGCGAGUCCGAUCCCGAAGCUGGAGCAUAUGCAUUGGCGAGGCUGACAAGUGUGGUGAGUCCACAGCCGAGAGAUGACGAGCCAACUCUCGUACCUCGGCAAAACCUGGAGCAGUUCCUAGACAAGAAUCGAUCUCGAUUCCGAGAGCGGGUGACCGUACAACAGGUCUUGCUCGAGAAAGCAGACUCCAGACUAGUGAGUAAAGAGUCGGCCAGAUCUAGCUUCCAGACCCCACAACGGGGUAAUUCAAGCACAAAUUUGUUGGGCGAAGGAGAGACUCUGUGGACACUGUCGCGUCCACCAAUGCGUCAGGCAGAACUUAAGCUCGCAGAAAGGGGCUUCUCUCUCAGUACGCGACCAGGCCAAGCCGGCAAAGAGGGCGUGAAUCUAACUCCCGGGGCGGAGCUUUCUCAGAAUCACCGCCAGACAGCGCUUUGGUCGAAGUGGAUGCUUUGGGACCAUCGAUAUUGGAUCCGUGUACGAACAAAAAAUUCCGAAGCGCUUUCCCAAAUUUGCAUUCGCCCUUAUGCCGAGUCUGAUGUACAAAGGGUGUACGCAGGGCUCCAGAAUACGAGUUCAGAGCUUCAGUCCAUUCUGGCAGAAGCAGCUCCGGGUAAGUUGAGGUAUACCAUUCCAGUGCUGACAGUAGACGGACAAGUUUCGGUUUUCCCAACGUUGAACGUCAUUGUGGACACGGAGGAUCUCGUGGAUGUCAAAUCCAGGCCGACAGAGCGCCCAAUCCUGGAAUGGGAAGUCUGCUACAAGGUCAUCGAUCUCUCAUUUAUCAACGAGCACCGGGGAAUGAUUGAAUGGAGGAAUGCACAGGUAAAUCGCCGCAGGCGAGUUAGUUUCUCUGUUCGAGAUACAGCAGAGCAAGUGGGGAGGAGCAGAGCGAACGAACCCCAAAAGAGUGAUGCCAGGGACUAA